AUGCCUCUCGAAUUCAUCACCUACUCGCUGAUCAACGGGCCGCCAGAAUGGGCACGGAGCAAUUUUAUGCGCAUGGUUUACAUCGUAGCUACCGCAGGCUUCCUCGUCCUACUCAAAAAAUUCUGCUCUGGCCAAACGAACACGUCCGAGCGACCCAUGAAUGGCAAAGUCGUAAUGAUCACAGGUGGUACAACGGGUGUGGGGGCACGGGUAGCGAACGACCUCGCGAAACGAGGCGCCCAGAUAGUCCUCUUGACGCACGUCCCGCCGUCCGACCCCUUUCUCGCCGAGUACAUCCAGGACCUGCGCGACAAGUACGACAACCAGCUCAUCUACGCCGAGCAGGUCGACCUCACCAGCCUGCACAGCAUACGCAAGUUUGCGACCAAGUGGAUCGACAAUGCGCCCCCGAGAAGGCUGGAUAUGAUUGUUCUGUGCGCGGCCACGCUUACGCCCCCCGGGAAAGAACGCGUCAUUACCGAGGACGGCAUCGAGGAGACGUGGAUGGUCAACUACCUGGCCAAUUUUCAUCUUCUCGCAAUUCUCAGCCCGGCGCUGCGGGCACAGCCCUUUGACAGGGACGUACGCAUCCUCGUCGCGACGUGCUCCUCGUACAUUCGCUCGCCCUCGCUCAAGGAACCCGUCGACGAGAGCACGUGGUCACCUACCGUGGCGUAUGCGCGCAGCAAGCUCGCGCUCACGACCUUUGGACACGCCUACCAGAAGCACCUCGACUCGUACAAGCGUCCUGAUGGGUUUCCGGUCACCACGCGCGUUGUCUUUGUCGAUCCUGGGUUCUGUCGGACUGCUGGAAUGCGCCGAUGGCUCACCAAGGGCACACUGACGGGUCUCGUCCUGUACGUGCUCGGAUACUUUGUGCCGUGGAUGCUGCUCAAGUCACCCGAACAGGGUGCGCAGUCUUUCUACUACGCUGCCAUGGAUGGUGACAUUCUACGCGGCGGAGGCGGCAAGCUGAUCAAGGAAUGCCGCGAGGUUGACUUUGCUCGUCCCGAAGUGAAGGAUGAAGAAGUGGCCAAGAAGCUCUGGGAGGAGAGCGACGCACUUAUCGAGAAGAUGGAAAAGGCCGCCUCAAAGAGACGCGCCGCCAAGAAAAAGGAGGAGGAGCUCCUCGCCGUAAAGCGCGAGGACAAGGACAAGUCCGACGACACGGCGAGCUUGAGGAGCUUGAAGAAGAGCAAAUCAAGGGACAAGUCGUCAAAGGACAAGAAGCGGGACAAGGACAAGGACGAGGACCGGAAAAAGGACAGGUCCAAGUCCGAGAAGAGCAAGUCGUCAUCGUCGUCUUCGUGGUCCUCAUCCAGAAGAAAGAGCAAGAAGACGGACUCAUAG